GCAGCGCGGGAAGCUGUCAGCAGCCAUGGAUGUGUGUGAGGUAGAGUUCAUGGCGGAGAAGGAGUUGGUGACAGUGAUCCCCAACUUCAGCCUGGACAAGGUCUAUCUGAUAGGGGGUGACUUGGGUCCUUUUAAUCCUGGUUUACCUGUUGAGGUUCCACUUUGGCUGGCCAUCAACCUCAAGCAGAGGCAAAAAUGCCGUAUUGUUCCUCCGGUGUGGAUGGAUGUUGAGAAGCUGGAGGCAAUUCGAGAUGAAGAGCGCAGGGAGGCCACUUUCACCCCAAUGCCAAGCCCGCACUACAUGGAAGUAACAAAGCUGCUGCUAAACCACGCUUCCGACAAUAUUCCCAAAGCAGAUGAGAUCCGCACACUUGUCAAAGACACAUGGGACACACGAAUAGCCAAACUCCGGCUGUCUGCUGACAGCUUUGUGAGAGAACAGGAGGCUCAUGCAAAGCUGGAUAACCUGACGUUGAUGGAAAUUAACACCAUCGGAACUUUUUUAACCGAAUCUUUAAACCACAUGUACAAACUGCGCACCAACCUGCAGGCGCCUGAGGAAGGACAAUCCCAAGAUUACUAACACAGCUGCUGUGUCCAGUUUCUGCCCAAUUCAAAAGGGAGCAUAACAUUUUCAUGCCUUUUGAUUUCAUUGGAUGAAAUCCAGCUAUUCAGUGCCAAGGCUUCCUUUUUUGUGUAAUGCUUAAAUGUCAUCUAUGCUGAUGACUGAGGAUUGUGUGGUUUAUGUGCACGUUGCAAUAGUCACUGAUAUUUUGUAGAAACUCCUCAAUCUCACCCCUUCCAUUCUUACCUCUUCUUGUGAGACUUUUUAUGGAAAAUAUAUUCCAAGUUUUAUCUGCUUGAUCUGAUUGCUGGGAGAAAGUGAUUUAAAUAAAACCAAAAUACUGUUGUACACCUUUAUGAGAAAAUGGCAAGAACGGUGACAGACCUAGAUUAAAUGUUGCCAGAAAAGAAUAUGUGGACCGGCAUCCUCUGCAGUCAUGUAAUGACGUUCUUGUCCUUUUUCCAUACUAUGAAAUGUUCUAUUUGCCAUGGCUGCAAUGUCUGGUGAAAAUAUUCAGACCCGGACUUUGUAUAGAUCUUGUGAUUUUGGGGAAACCAUUUGUCUUCCAUUUUUUUCCUGAUCUGUACUGGCACCAUAUAUUAGUUUUUUUUGUUUUUUUUUUGUCUUUAACACAAAUUGUAAUGAUUGCGAGAUUUAUUUAACUAUUAUGCUCUGUGUAUCGUUCUGCAUCAUCCAGUUCUGUAAUUUUGCCAGUGGCCGUGGUGCCAUUGAACAAGGGUCCCUGAGUUAUGUUGUUUUGCUUUUGGUCUGGGGAAUACAUAAUCAAUGAAUGUUGUAAGUCUGUAUUAAUUCACUUUUUGACCAAAACACUACACAGAAACAAAUUAAUUCUCAUGAGUUAGUAUUGCUCUCCUUCUCUUAACAAUGUUUUACCUUCUGUCUAUACACCAAAAUUUUAUUUUUACAAUUUGUCAAAAUGCUAUAACCUGACUUGUUGGAUUUAUACUAUUCCUCCCGUCUC